AUGAUCAACGAGGUCUACGUCAGUCGCCAGAGCCGCGACACAUUCGUAAGCCGCGCUGCCUGCAAAAUUCGCGCUGGAGAACAGGUGGAACAGGGUGUGGUGCGCAUCUUGCCCGUGGAUGGGAAGCAAUGUACCCUGGUCCACCCUUGGCCUUCGAGUAGUUCGUCGACCUGGGCCAGCGGAAGCGGCUGUGUGCAGUUUUACACCACCAAGCCCUCCGAAGCGUCGGCAAAACUGGUGCCUAGUGCGGACGAGGCCGGGCGUUACGAGGUGCUGGCCCUGCGAGAUAUCGAAGCCCAUGAGGAGCUGACCCUGUUAGAUGAGAGCCUCUCUUGGAGAGGCCCAGCGAAGAUCGAUCGUCCGCAGUCGCAGCAUCAGGAGCCAAGCCUCGUAGAUUGCUCCAAAGUGGAGGCUCGCCCAGAUGCCUGGGGCGGUGUAGGCGUCUAUGCCACAGAGCCCAUUCGCAAGGGAGACGUGGUGGAGCGCGGUGUGGUGCAGCGACUGCCUGUGGAUGGGAACGAGUGUCCCUAUGUCUUCACUUGGAGUGAGGACCGAUCAGUUUGGGCCACCGGCAGUGGAUGCUCCGUGUUUUACAAUGCCUCCUUGGAUGGGUCAGAGAAUACUUCGAUGACCCGAAAUUUGGAUGAUGACACUUUUGAAAUUUACGCCAUCAGAGAUAUCGAGAAGGGGGAAGAGUUGACGCAUCUUUACAAAAGCAUCGACUGGCGCAGCUGCUUCACCGACCUCAAGGCUUUGCGUGACAAGACACUGAACAAGCUUGACAAAGAGCGAGCUGAAUUUGCUGAAUAUUGGGCGGAUCAUUCGGCACCAACCAUUGAGAAAAUGAUGUUGGACGAUGAUGCGGCCUCCAUCGAUAAGUUGGAAAGGCCUGAGAUCCUCUCUCAGAUUCCAAGCUUUACAGGCAAAGAGGUCUUGGAGUUGGGUGCUGGCAUCGGACGCUUCAGCGGCGUUUUGGCGCGGAAAGCGCGGAAGGUCACAGCGGUGGAUUUUGUGGCGACCUCCUGUGUGGAGAAUCGCAAGGCCAACGCGGAGAAGAAUUUGGAGGUGAUACAGGCGGAUGUGACAACUUUGGACUUUCCGCCGGGAUCUUUUGACCUGGUUUUCUCCAACUGGCUCUUCAUGUACCUGACGGAUGAGGAAUGUCGGGAACUGGCCGCCAAGCUCCUUCGUUGGCUACGGCCAGGAGGCCAUGUCUUCUUUCGCGAGUCCUGUUUUCACGCCUCAGGCAACGCGGCACGGCGCUUCAAUCCCACCAAGUACAGAACACCCGAGCAGUAUUCGGGUUUCUUCAGCGAUGCAGAGGCAGGCGACUUUCGCUACCAGCUCAGUGGCACCAACUUUGUGGAGAGUUACGCGCAGCUGAAAGGGAAUAUGCACCAGUACUGGUUCCGCUGGCAGAAAGUGAGCCCGGCGAGUGAGCGACAUUUGAUGACGCUGCAAACGGGGCAGUAUGCGCCGGCGAAGAUUCUACGCUAUGAGAAGAUCUACGGCCGCGGCUACGUCUACACUGGAGGGGAUGAAAUUUCCCAGAAGAUCCUGGAGCUGGCUCAGCCCCUCAGGGAAGGUGCCUCUGUGUUGGACAUUGGCUUCGGUGCUGGGGGCACAGCCUACUACUUGGCCCAGCACUGUGCAGGUGUUUAUGUGCACGGCAUCAACUGGAGUUCCGAGUUGGCUUCCUUCAAUGCUGGUCGAUUGCCACAGGUGCCAACAGACUUGCGCGACCGGGUGAGCUUUGAACUCACGCCUGAGUGUGGCGUACCGGAGAAUGAACUGCGCUACCCUCCCAACAUUUUCGACUUGGUGAUCCUUCGGGAGACCUUGAUGUAUUUGGACCGCGAGGAUAAAGCCGUGAUUUUGAGGAAGAUCAAACAACUGCUGAGGCCUGGUGGAUGCCUGGUGGUGCUGGACUACUGCGCUGGACAGAAGGAGCUCUCCGCGACUUUUCAGGAGCACUGCCACAGAUGGCAUUAUGAGUGCAUCCCCCCGGCGGAGAAUGAAGAACUGCUGAAGAACUAUUUUCAGGUGGAAAGUCAGGAUCUGACUGCGAGCUUCAUCAAAUACAUGGAGGAGGGGCUUGAGAACAUCGAGCAGUCCCUGGGUCCCAAGUCGUGGAAAAGCAGCCAGAUGGACAUGUCACGCCUGGAAAGUGGUGUGAAGGACGCGCUGGAGAGUCUACCAGAAGAAGUGGUAGAAGAAGCGUCGCAGGCCGCCAUGCAGAAAGUGAAGUUGUAUGAGGCGGCAUUGGCAUCGGAGAGUGAGAGACUGAAAGAUGACUACCUCUGGGCCCGUGAAACCUGGGCGCUGGAAAAGGAAGCAGCUGAGACUGGAGAUUUGAAGUGGUACCUCUUCUUGGCUAGGGCCGGUUAG